AUGGCCGUCAAUGCCUCGGUCGCCUUCGACCUUCCUCCGCUGCCGACCUACACCUUGUCCGUGCGAGAGCCGCUACUUCCGCCUAUCCCCGAUGCUGUUCUCGCGCUGAUCCUGCCCAUUAUCGCCUAUUGGGGCAUGUCCAUGAUCUAUCACUUCAUCGAUGUCUAUGGAUACUUCGAGGAGUACCGUCUUCAUACCCCGGCCGAAGUACUGAAGCGAAACAAAGUCACCCGGUGGGAAGUGGUACGCGACGUGAUCUUACAACAGGUGAUCCAGACCAUCGCGGGUCUGGCGAUGUCACAGUUCGACCCGGUGGAAACAGUUGGCCGCGAGGAGUAUGAUGUGGCCGUUUGGGCCACACGCGUUCGCAUUCUCCAGAAAGCCAUUCCCCCGAUGUUGGCUCUGGUCGGGGUCGACGCGGCUGGCCUGGCCAAGUCGGUGUCCCAGAACGGACAUGUGAUGCUGGCCGGGGCGCUGGCUGGCGGUUCCUAUCCCGGCGCGGUGCAGUCCCUGAUCCUCGAUAGCGGUGCGGAGGUCAUCGCACCUGCCUUCACUAGCUGGGAGCUCUCGGUGGCCAGCUUCAUCUACUGGUACUUUGUUCCGGCCCUUCAGUUCAUGCUUGCAGUGUCCAUCGUCGAUACUUGGCAGUAUUUCUUGCACCGAGCGAUGCAUUUGAACCGCUGGCUCUAUGUGACGUUCCACUCUCGCCACCACCGCCUCUACGUGCCGUAUGCUUUCGGCGCCCUCUACAAUCACCCCGUCGAAGGGUUCCUCUUGGAUACUGCCGGUACAGGCAUUGGGUUCAUGGUUUCCGGCAUGACCAACCGCCAAGCCAUGUGGUUCUUCACUUGUUCGACCAUCAAGACCGUCGAUGACCACUGUGGAUACGCCUUCCCUUGGGAUCCCCUUCAGCAUUUCACGGCCAACAACGCCGCCUACCACGAUAUUCACCACCAAAGCUGGGGUAUCAAGACCAAUUUCUCCCAGCCCUUCUUUAUCUUUUGGGACCGUCUACUCAGUACACAGUGGAAGGGUGAAGUUAAGCUGCGCUACGAACGGGCUCGAGAGAGCGCUCAGAAACAAGUCGACAUAGAUGCUACCCAAGCUAAGGUGACGGUUCCGACUGUGUCUGUCACCGAGGAGCGCGAGCACGAAACAGUCGUAAUCUCGCCUGAGGGGCCGGCAACGCGGACCCGCCUUCGCCGAAAGACUGUCGACAGCCUCAAAGGCCCCAGUCACGGUGUCCCCGGCAGCGUACUCCACAAUUGA